AUGAGCCAGUCCAAAGAAGUCAUCAUCAUCGGCGGCGGUGUCUCGGGCCUAGGAAUGGCCGCCCAACUGAGACGAAACCUGGGACACAACAACUUUACGCUCUAUGAGAAAUCAGACAAUAUCGGAGGUACAUGGUGGCAUAACCGUUAUCCAGCGUGUGCGUGUGAUAUUCCGAGUCAUCUGUACUCGUAUAGUUUUGCUAUGAAGAAUGACUGGAGUACCAUAUUCCCCGGACGAGGUGAACUUCAUGAGUACUUCUCUUCUGUGGCCCAAAGAUAUAACAUCCUACCACAUUGUCGGUUCAAUGCCAUGUGUGUUAGUCUGGUCUGGGACGAUGUCCGCUGCCUAUGGGUGUGUACUUUCCAGGACACUAUUUCCGGGGAAGUCUUCAAACGAGAAGCUCCUGUCGUUGCCAGCGCAGUCGGUGCUCUCGACCGGCCCUACACCCCCGAUAUUGAAGGAUCGAAUUUUUUUCAGGGCAAGAUCUUCCACAGCGCGACAUGGGACGAUAGCUUCCAGGCCAAGGGGAAGAAAAUCGCUGUCCUGGGAAAUGGGGCCUCUGCUACACAGUUUGUUCCUGAGUUGGUCAGACACGUAGGGUCAAAGGGCAAGGUGAUUCAAUUCGUCCGCAGCGCGCACUGGUGGACAGAACGAGGCAACCCAAAAUACUCAGAAGCAUUCAAACUCGCUCUAAAACACAUCCCCCUCGCUGCUCGCCUUUACCGCAUAAUUCUCGCCUGGCAACUCGAAUCCAUUUUCCCGUCCUUCUACAUGAACUCCCGCGGUGCAGCCAUGCGCCAAAAAAUUCGCGAAAACACGUUCCACUAUGUUAACACGGCCGCACCCCCGGAGUACUGCGAAAUUCUAAAACCAGACUACGAGCCCGGCUGUAAACGCCGCAUCAGCACGGCAACCUAUCUGGCUAGCCUCCACUCGCCCCAAAUGCACCUAACAAAAGACUCGGCCGUCAAAAUCGGCCCGAACCAUAUCGAAACCGCAUCUGGUCAAUGCCACGCAGUCGAUGUUAUUAUCUACGCAACGGGCUUCCAGACCCAGAAAUGGCUGUCCACGAUUCAGAUCAGGGGCAUCGAAUGCAAGGACUUGCACAGUAUCUGGGACGCCGCUGGCGGCGCAGAGGCAUACAAGGGUACUGUGGUAAGCGGGUUCCCAAACUUCUUCAUAUUUUACAGGCCCAACGCAGGGACGGGGCAGCACUCUGUUAUCUUCCACUCCGAGUGCCAGAUUAACUUUACCUGUCAGCUGCUACGACCCGUGCUGGCUGGAAACUCGGAAAUGAUUAUGGUGAAGCCCGAGGCGCAGAGACGUGACCUAUCAUGGGUACACGGAAAGCUACAGCAUCUGGUAUUCAACAGCGGGUGUCAGAGUUGGUGGAUGGAUCCCGUUACUGAGAGAAACACAUUCAUCUACCCAGAUCCUAUGUGGAUGUACUGGGCUCGGACGAUCUUCCCGCGCUGGUCGGAUUUUGUGUUGCGUCGGGGUGGUCGAUCGAGUGGGUUAUUCGGUCGGGUUUUUUGGAUUAUGCUAGUUUCUGUUGGAGUGGCGGCUUUCGCUGUGAACUCGGCGUCGGUGGAUGUUAAGAAGGUGGUGGCAAUGGUUGUUGGUUGGUCUUCGCAGGCUGUUAAAUGGCGUUGA